AUGGCGUCCUUCCCGCCAGAUGAGAUCAUCCCAGCUCAAGGGACUUCGUCCGAUUCAAUGUCAGGAGCGAUCAGAACGGAAGAUGGCCCCAAGUUAAAAGGUCACCAACGGCUGCUGAAUCGUCUUCAGCGGAUGACGUCCACUCCCUCCCUCGAACAAAUCGGCAGAAGCCGUUCAUCCUCCACCGGCCUUCGCCGUGUAGGAAAGGGUACCAUGUCCUGCAUCUCCCUUUCCUCGACGUUAUCGCAUGGACAGUGCUGGGAGAGCUCCAGCUCUCCCCAGAUCUAUGGAAAGUCCCCCCACGAUCGCCAUGACGAAGAUACUGGCCCGAUUCGAAUUGUUGAGACGGAGCUUCUACCCCCGAAUGGUUCCAAACAGGCCACCAUAGCGCUACCUGCUGAGAUGCGGCCGUGCUCUCGGGGUUCGCUAUUGAAGUCUACAGACAUACUGGUAAAAGCUGAUGCCGCUCUCGACGAAAGUGUCUUGAGCGAAGCAUUGCCGGAAAAUCAAAACAAAAACUACUGGGAUACUCUGCCAGUGGAAGUUCAACUUCGAAUCCUCAGCUGCCUGAUGCCAAAGGAACUUGCCCGUGCUGCUCGCGUAUCGAAAACGUGGCACACCUUGUGCUUUGACGGCCAAUUAUGGACCAAAUUCGACACCUCGACGUUUUAUAGCAGCAUUUCACGGGAAGCAUUGGUGGGCCUGAUAUUUAGCGCUGGACCGUUUAUAAAGUAUUUGAACAUGCGGGGAUGCAUCCAAAUGGAAAAGGCUUGGCUUGAGCAUGGAGAGCAGCUAGCUGAUGCUUGUCGAAAUCUAGCCAGCAUCAACCUAGAAGAUUGCCAUAUCGAUAACAUGACGUUAACCUUUCUUCUCGUUCGAAACCCUGGACUGGUUCGGAUUAGCAUGGGAGCCCAUUCGACCAUCUCAAAUUCGGAAUUAAAUGUCAUCUCUAAGAGUUGUCCGCUACUGGAGUACCUCGAUCUAUCAUGGUGUCGAAACCUCAUCAGUGCUAAAGGUUUGAAGCGAGUUGUGAGGUCAUGCCACCAACUGAAAGAGCUGCGGAUCGGGGAAUUCCGAGCAGUCGACAAUGAGUUCAUGCAGGCUUUAUUUGAGACUAACACUCUAGAGACGCUCAUCUUGUCUCACUGUUCUGCUUUAACGGACGAUUCUUUAAAGAUUCUUUCUCACGGAUCUGAUCCAAAGAUAGAUAUAUUGACAGGUCGACCUAUUGUCCCGGCCCGCACGUUGAAGCACUUGGACUUGUCUCGCUGCCGUGGCAUAAGCGAUGUGGGGAUUGGACAUCUAGCAGGCUUUACUCCUGAAUUGGAAAGUUUACAGCUCUCGUUCUGCUCUAGCCUCGGAAACGACUCCAUAACGAAUCUCAUACGUACUACACCUCGCCUAGCCAGACUGGACAUUGAAGAGUUAGAAGAGCUUACCAAUAAUGUUCUGAUUGCGUUAUCGAAAGCUCCCUGUGCUUCUAGGCUGGAACAUCUCAAUAUAAGCUAUUGCGAAAAGCUCGGCGACACAGGAAUGAUGCAAGUUUUGAAAAACUGUCCGAAUCUAAGGUCUUUGGAUCUGGAUAACACGCGGGUCUCGGAUAUAACCUUGAUGGAGAUGUGCACUCAGAUGCGCAAACGAGGCUUUGGCGUUAAACUGCCAAAGUGUGGACUAAGGGUGGCUGUUUUCGACUGCGGAAAUGUCACUUGGGGAGGGGUUAGGGAGGUCCUCUCUAACAAUACAUUUGUUCCCCGAUUUGCAGAAGCAGAGGCUCUGGCUACUAAACCAGAAGAGGAGUCGGAAUCAGGAUUGUCAUCACCAUCAUCUUCUACAUCAUCCGUUACUAUUCUUCCGCCACCGCCGCCUCCUCCGGAGACAACGCAGUUCACAGCAGAUCUAUACCCAAACGAGAUUAUCCAGCUGAAAUGCUUCUAUGGCUGGCAGCAGACCGUUGACAGACACACUAAACGUGUUCUAGACGGUAACCUUGGAGCCGCGAUGAGACUCGAGCGCAAAUGGGCCAACUGCAUGAUAGCCAACGAAGAAGCCGAGGCAGGCGGAGCCGGUGCAAGAAGAAGGCGGCGGAGGGCGAGAGACGCUGAGAUGCUGUACAAUUUGGACGAUGACGAUGACGCGGAGUAUGGUUAUGGGCCGGCCGGGUUGGCUUCUCUAGGUAAUCGCAGAAGACGGGCGAGGAGUGGUGGUUGCGUUGUUAUGUGA